GAACGUAAAAGAGACUGUACAAAUUUUCCCGGGGGAGUAGAUAAUGACCAUCAUCACCUAUUCAGUCACCACCACCGGCCACCAGUAUCCUCUAUGUCCUCGUAAUAAUAAUACAAAUAAAUUCCCAAUAAUAAUAAUGUUUCGAUCCUUAUUUAAAACUAGACCUAUGUCUUUCCCCCCUAUAUCAUCAUCAGUUAGAAAUAUUAUUACUAAUAAUAAUAAUAAUAAUGAAAUUGGGAGCAGCACUAGUUUCAGCUGGAAUGAUGUUUUAAAAAUAUCUCAAAAUAAUGAUGCUUCAUCAUCAGCUGAUCUCACUGGCUUCUUUCACAAAGUCAAUUUAUGCAACCGUGGCUUGGAAAUGCGUUCUGAUUUCGUCCCAUUCGUUGUCGAGGACCAAAUUGUUGGUUAUCUUCACAACCGUUUUCUUGACUACUUGAGCGAGUUUAAGGAUGUCUUCAACGUCAUAAAAGACGAUACAUAUGGUAGUCAGUUGGGCCAUGUCACACUACAUUCUGCGUUAAGAACACCCGAGUCUAGAACUAAAGCCCUUGAAAACGUAGUCAAGUGCUUAGGUGAAGGUGUAAUUCCAGGUAUACGGAAUGAGCUUUACCCUGUCACUUCAUCUUAUGGAGGACAAGUAUAUUUCUCAUUAGAACGCGCAGCAGCACCGUACUUUGGGAUAAAAGCUUAUGGAAUUCACUUGUGUGGCUACGUUGAGAAGGAUGGUGAAAAACAUUUAUGGAUUGGGAAGAGGAGUGAAACGAAACCCACCUACCCAGGAAUGCUUGACCAUCUUGUUGCUGGAGGACUGCCACAUGGGAUCUCAUGUGCAGAGAAUGUUGUGAAAGAAUGCGAGGAAGAGGCUGGUAUUCCAAGUUCCAUUUCUAGUAGAGCUAUACCAGUAGGGGCUGUCUCGUACAUGGACAUUAACGGUUAUAGAUUCAAGAGAGAUGUUUUAUUUUGUUAUGAUCUGAAGCUUCCAGAAAGUUUCAUUCCAGAGAAUCAGGAUGGGGAAGUGGGGAGCUUUAAGCUACUCCCUGCAACACUCGUGGCUAAUGUCAUCCGAGAUACAGAGUUCUUCAAAGCAAAUUGCAAUCUUGUCAUCAUUGAUUUCCUUUUCCGACAUGGGUACAUCAAACCUGAAGAUAGUGGGUACUUGAAGCUGCUACAAAGCUUGAGAAGGGAUUGUUCGUAAAUUUAUCGACCUUACGUCCAGAUACCAAAAAUGCAUCAAUAGAUUAGUUACAAUGGUCUUGUUUGGAUAUUUGUUUUGAACUUUCGAUAAGAAAGCAAGAUUUUCAAAAAGAAAUGUAUACCUGUUACUCUGUUAGUAAACAGACUCGAUAAACA